GCCAGCACAAGUUUAUUGUCUGCUCUAAGCUACCAGACCCUGCUAGGAGCUCCAGGCCAGGCUGGGCCCCAUCUCCUUGGAGUAGCUCCUUCAGACUAGCCUAGGAAGCAUUGAACUCCAGUGGUCAAGGGAGCCAUGGAGGAAAGACCUGCUCAGCGGGAACAGGAGAGACCCAGUGUUCGUCUGGAAAAGCUACAGCACUGGGCAAGGCACAGGCAGAGUGGGCACCUCUUGGUGCUGGCGGUGAGCCAGCUAUGGCUGGCUGUGGCUGUGAUGCCCUUUGCUGUCUCUGUUGCCUGCCUGAAUUCUGCUUGUCACAUGGCCACGGCGCUGCCACUUGUGCCUGGAGCUUUGGGUCUCCUCACUGGGAUGGUUACCCUUGAGCUGCGCAGAUCACCCCGCCUCUGGAAGGUGCAGGCCAUGAUGAUACUCAACAUCUUCAAUCUGAUCUUGGGCUUCAUCGUGGUGGUGGUCGAGGUGAUGAAGACAGCCUUGGGGCCUGCCCCAACUGCCCCCUCCCAGCUGGCUGGCUUGCUGGUGGUGGAGCUCAGCGCUGAGACCUUCACCUUAGGGGGAGUGCUCCUCUCAGCACACUCUCUAUUCCUGCUGAGCCAGAGGAAGCCAGGAUGCUGCCGGACCCAGAGUCUGCACUACCAGGAGCUGCAGGAGGGUCUCUCUGAGUUGGAGGAAGUUGCUGAUUUGGAGAAUGGCCCCACGGUGGCUAGCACAGCAAAUGGAACAAAUGAGUGAGCUGGCGAGGGGAGGCAGAGAAGUCCUGCUCUGCUACCCGUCAGGAGCAGUUUCCAGACCCUCCUGUCCCCACUCCACAGAACUCAGAAGCUAGAUGGAGUCAGUCAGUCCUCUGAGACCUACAUGAAGUCCAGUGGAGUGCCUUCAAUUUCAUUCGGACUCGGCCCCUUUCUCUUCCCUUCCUCGCUAGGGGAAGCUAUACCUAAACCAGAGUAUUCCCUCCCCUCACUAGCCUGAAAAGCUGCCCGCCUGCAGGACAUCCUUAAGCCAACUUUCAGCUGUACCCACUUCUCCCUUCCAUCCUUCCCCUCCUUACCCAUAGCCUCCCCAUACAGCUUCGCAUCUGUCUGAUCUCACUUAUUUCUCUUCUUUCCACAUUUCACAAUCCCAUACUCCAAGCCCGGGUUCCCGUAUGCGCCUCUUGGAAGUCGAUCCACGGGGGCUUUAGUUUUCUCUUUCGAUCCCGGUCCCUUCUACUCUAACAAAGACUACGAGUCCCAGGAUGCCCCUCUGCCCCCUGGCCUGAUGGGAAAUAAAGAGCCUUCCCUCCGGGAUGGGGGCGCUGUGCAUCUGCUGAGUG